AUGGUGUUAAACCCUUACAUUGGUGCCAAAUACCGUCGACUGCCCUCGUUCCCCACGAUACCGAUCCCGGCCCAUGGCACGCCCGUUGGACUUGCUUGUCCAGAGUGUCCACCAUCCAACACCACUUUGCUGAUCUACCCUUCGAGCAAAGACGAAACUAAGGACACCAUCAAUGUGAUCUGCCCAACAAUCAAGCAUUACGUCCGCACUUUUAAGCUCAACCAACUUCGUCACGAGAUCGCGUUGAUCAACGCCGGUGCCACCUACCCUAUUCCGUUCGAUGCUUCUGCCCACGGACCCCAAGUCAACGUCCACGGGAUGCCCCUUGCCCCUCGAACCGCCAUUGACUGUGCGCGCCCCCACAUCGGCCCAACAGCGAAGGGGCACAAGAAGACAGGUCAUACUGGCUGUACUCACCGAUUUUGCAAAUCGUGUUGUGUGGCCUUCACUCCCGCCGGCGGCUGCUAUGUCCACAGGGUCAAGGCACCUCCGCCUCAACCAGCGACCAAUCCGUCUGCCACAGCUACCCCUGCACGACUUGCGCCACCUCCCAAUCCACCGGUUGCCAAACGACCCAAACUCUUACCAGCUCAGUGCGCCCAGAGUGUUCGACGAGUUGGGCACAUGGUCAAUGACGAAGGACUUCUAGUCCUAGCUCGCGCUCGUCUCAACGUUACUCCAGCCACGCCCAGAGUGCCCAAUCCGGCCUUUUCCAAUGACGCUGUUCGCAAUCAGGGUAUUGAUCGAUCAAAGGUAGUGAGCCUCCACUUUGUCACCCGCGUAAGUGAAUCUCAUACUGUCUCAUUUGGCAUUACGCGGUUCCACAGCUCACAAAGAUGUUUGCAGGGCUCUUCAAACCCCGUAAUAUCCCAAUUAUUCAACGACUGGCCCGUCGCCGUCUUCAGCGAUUCCCCAAGCCUAAUGUGUGACACCCAAGCCGCAGCCGGGCAGGCAUGGAAUGGUCACCUUGUUGUAUGGGACGAAGAAAUCAGAAACUGGCGUGAACUUGGCGUGGACAUUCCUCAUACCUACAUCGAGACGGUCAAAAAUCUUGUGAUAUGCUUACCCCACGAGCGGUCGUCCCUCAGCCUCGAGCUUCAAGAAAAACUUGAGGGAUUUCAAUUGGUUAAACCCCUGGUACCUCAAAUCAAAAUUGAGUCGACCGACUCAAACGUCCCACAAACACAAAUUUCCACCGGUUCAGUCGCCAAUGCCAACGUCCAAACCGGCUCUAUUCAAAACGCUCGAUUUCCGAAUCGCGUCCCCCCAAAUGCAACUAAAGGUACCAGGGCUGAACCCAUCUGUUUGUUGUUCGACUCGGACUCCGAUGAAGAGACUCAUCAACAAUCGUUACAGCCUUGGAGUGAAAUGCCAUCUACCCCGGCAUCUAGUCUUCUAGGUAACCCAGCUGAAGAGGUCGACAAGCUCGACGUGAAGCCCUCUCACUCUGACUUACAUCCGCAAGAACCGGAACAUUAUGGGAGUUUAAAAGAGUGGCCAGGCAAAGAAUUAUUGGUCUCUUCAUUACUCGAUUGGUUCAUUUCAGCCGGCAUUCCUCCUCGUCGUAAGGCUCGUAUCCAACUGUGGCAUGUGCGUUUCGGUAGCGAAUAUCGAUUUUCAAAAAAAACCGUCUACCAUUAUGUGGGUUGGGUCAAACUAGUCGGAUAUGAAAGAAUGGUCCAAUGGGCAAAAGAUUUCACAGAGCGAGGCGAACACACGAUGCACAACCUCACUGUCGCUCAGACCCGACCGCAUUUCCAGUCAGAGUACAACACAGUCUGCUCUUUGCCCGGUCCGCCAAAAGAAAAAACCCAACUUGGCAUCAAAGACGAUGCCACUCAAACUACUCCUACAGCAGCUGGACCAGCUGGCCAGUCUUCUAAACGCAAAAGGUCCACCAAGGCCAAGGACACACUGACCGCCGAAGAACGCGCCUUGGACACCUCCUCAGACGAGAGCGACUGA